AGAAACUCAGUUCAAAUCGUACUGUAUCGAAGUGACGUAGGUCUUACCUGCCGAACGGCGCGCACCCACCUGUUUUUUCCGAGUGACGCGUUUUCCAUUUUUCAAUUGUUUGUAAAAAGUGAAAACGGUGUUAGAUAAAGUGAUCGGAGAGUUUUUUCAUGUGAAAAAUAUUAAUAGCAAUUGUAUUUUGUGCUUCUACAUAGUUACUAAAUACUUUCUCUAUAGUUUCUACAUACACCUUCUAGAACAGGUUUUCAAGAUGAAGACGGGGCUUGUUAUAAUCUUUGUCUUCGGCCUAAUGCAAGCUCUAUGGGCGGCUCAAGUCGACGUGGUCAACAAAGAACUUCUGGUACUUCCUGGUCAAAACGCGACAUUCCUUUGUCGCGUCGGUGUAGCUCUCCAGUACUGCAGAAUAGAACUACCUGGAGGAAGAACUUUCAAUUUAAACAAACAAUUACCUUCAAACAGUGAAGUUUCGUAUUAUGGAAAUGGUUUAGAUGCUGGACAAUGUGGUGUCAACAUCCACCAGGUGACUGAAAAAGACAAUGGCGCUGUAAAAUGCACUUUAGGUAUACCUAGUGAAACCGCAGAAUCAGUAGGAACAAUGUCCCUCAUUGUAGCAAAGGCGCCAAAACAACCCGAAUUAGAUUUAAGUAGAGGAACUGAUUCGUUGAGAGUAUACAAAAUUAACGAUGUUUUGGAAGCUUCUUGUAUAGUUAGAGAUGGACGACCAGUUGCUAACAUCAGUUGGUAUUUAGAUGAUGAACCUAUCGAUAAUAUGGCUUUGAGGAUGCCCACUGUGAUCGAUCUCGCGAAGGAGAAUCUCCAAUCGACUGUACAAAAUUUCUCGAGAGUCUUACAACCAAUCGAUAAUGGGAGAUUUUUGAGAUGCGUCGCUUUUCAUCCCGCUUAUCCAGGCGGACAUUCCGAGACCAAAAGACAACUAGAUGUCAAAUUUCCACCUUUACCCAUCGAAGAUCCCAUCGAUAAAUUCGGUUAUCAAAUUGGAAAAGUUGGACUUAUUAAUAUAACCAUCGAAGCUAAUCCUAAACCGAGAAUCGAAUGGACAGUUGGAGGUCAACUGAUUAAGGAAGGAUCUACUGAUAAUACAGGCAGAAUUGAAGCAGAAGCUAUUAGAGAUUUGGAACGAGGUAGAUACGAAGCGAAUCUUAGAUUGGCAGCUGUUACAAAACAAGAUACCGAAGUAGAAUACAUUCUAACAGCUUACAACGAUCAAGGAUCGCAAACGUACCGGAUCAAAAUUUCCACAAGCCCUGAACCCGAAGGUGUUGAAUUAGGGGUAGGAGCCAUAGUAGGAGUGGUAGUUUUGGUACUUUUCAUAAUUCUUUUGGUAUCCAUCUUGAUUUUCGCAAAAAUGACAGGAAGAUGGUGUUUUACUGGUGGAAGUGAUACACGACAUUUCGGUGAAUCUAGCGACACUGAAAGUGCUGACGUCCGUCCAAGAGAAACGAAAACCACCAACAAACUAACUUCCCUUUUUAAAAAAAAUAAAGAUCAAGUAGCCUCGGAAAAUGAACUCAAGCCGAAACUCAUGAAAAAUGAGGAAAAGAACCUACAGGAACAACCUAAUGUUCCCGAAGGAGACGAAAGAGCAUUAGUUUAUGCGGAACUGGAUCUUGUAAGAGCAAACAUGGUACCAGUCGUUAAAAACGACGACGAAAAAACCGAAUAUGCUGAAAUUGUUUAUACACCGAGCGACGAGGGAAAAGAAUCUCCCAAAAAGUGAAAAAUAAAUGACUGACGACAUAUGAUAUUUAAUUAUUUAAAACAGAUUUAAAGAAUUAAUUUCCCAUUUUGGUCUUUAACCUUAUGAUUAUGAAAAUUAUCUGAUGGAUCAUUUGAAGUACUUACAGUACUUCAUAGUUGUUUUUUCAAGAAUAUUUGUUUGAAUCUCCCUGUAACAGUGGCUUACAAAAUGUAUCUGUUUUCUACUAAAACUAAAAAUUUUAUAAAAAUCAUUUUAAUCACUAAAAUACAGGCAAAUUAGGCGAUUUUGAGCUUGAAUUAAAUUUUGCUUUACUAGAUUCAAUUCUGGGAGGUUUUGGGAUACUGAAUAAAUAUAUCAACUCGAAAACUAUGAGAAAUUCGAAAAUGACCAAGAAUGUUGAGUAAAAUUCUCUACAAAAAAGUAUCCUAGAUAUUUGUUCUUAUACUCAAAAUUUGCUCUAGAAAAUGGGUUUAUACACUCAAAAAUAUUUUAAAUCGCGAAUAACUCGAAAAUUACAAGGAAUUCGAAAAAAAUUUUGUAUCGUGAAUAAUUCGAAAUCCAUGAGGAUUUCGAAAAUACUUCCGGGACAAAAAAUUCAAAGUCCAGCAUUCUGUAUAAAAAAGAUUUAAAUUUUUUCCUAACCUCAAAAUUUCCAUAAUAAAAUGGGUUUGAACGCUCAAAAAUAUUUUGAAUCACGAUUAACUAGAAAACUACGUAGAAAUCGAAAAAAAGUGCCGAAGUCAAAACUGUAGAGCACAAAAUUCUCCAUAAAAUAGUUCCCAAGCACUUUUUCAUAACCUCAAAAUUUUCAACGUAAUAUGCGUUCAAGUACAAAACAUUUUGUAUCGUGAAUAAUUCGAAAUCCAUGAGGAUUUCGAAAAUACUGCCCGGACAAAAAAUUUAAAGCCCAACAUUCUGUAUAAAAAAGAUUUUAAUUUUUUCCUAACCUCAAAAUUUCCAUAAUAAAAUGGGUUUGAACGCUCAAAAAUAUUUUGAAUCACGAUUAACUAGAAAACUACGUAGAAAUCGAAAAAAAGUGCCGAAGUCAAAACUGUAGAGCACAAAAUUCUCCAUAAAAUAGUUCCCAAGCACUUUUUCAUAACCUCAAAAUUUUCAACGUAAUAUGCGUUCAAGUACAAAACAUUUUGUAUCGUGAAUAAUUCGAAAUCCAUGAGGAUUUCGAAAAUACUGCCCGGACAAAAAAUUUAAAGCCCAACAUUCUGUAUAAAAAAGAUUUAAAUUUUUCCCUAACCUCAAAAUUUCCAUAAUAAAAUGGGUUUGAACGCUCAAAAAUAUUUUGAAUCACGAUUAACUCGAAAACUACGUAGAAAUCGAAAAAAAGUGCCGAAGUCAAAACUGUAGAGCACAAAAUUCUCCAUAAAAUAGUUCCCAAGCACUUUUUCACAACCUCAAAAUUUUCAACGUAAUAUGCGUUCAAGUACAAAACAUUUUGUAUCGUGAAUAAUUCGAAACCCAUGAGGAUUUCGAAAAUGCUUCCGGGACAAAAAAUUCAAAGUCCAGCAUUCUGUAUAAAAAAGAUUUAAAUUUUUUCCUAACCUCAAAAUUUCCAUAAUAAAAUGGGUUUGAACGCUCAAAAAUAUUUUGAAUCACGAUUAACUAGAAAACUACGUAGAAAUCGAGAAAAAGUGCCGAAGUCAAAACUGUAGAGCACAAAAUUCUCCAUAAAAUAGUUCCCAAGCACUUUUUCAUAACCUCAAAAUUUUUAACGUAAUAUGCGUUCAAGUACAAAACAUUUUGUAUCGUGAAUAAUUCGAAAUCCAUGAGGAUUUCGAAAAUACUGCCCGGACAAAAAAUUUAAAGCCCAACAUUCUGUAUAAAAAAGAUUUAAAUUUUUUCCUAACCUCAAAAUUUCCAUAAUAAAAUGGGUUUGAACGCUCAAAAAUAUUUUGAAUCACGAUUAACUAGAAAACUACGUAGAAAUCGAAAAAAAGUGCCGAAGUCAAAACUGUAGAGCACAAAAUUCUCCAUAAAAUAGUUCCCAAGCACUUUUUCAUAACCUCAAAAUUUUCAACGUAAUAUGCGUUCAAGUACAAAACAUUUUGUAUCGUGAAUAAUUCGAAACCCAUGAGGAUUUCGAAAAUGCUUCCGGGACAAAAAAUUCAAAGUCCAGCAUUCUGUAUAAAAAAGAUUUAAAUUUUUUCCUAACCUCAAAAUUUCCAUAAUAAAAUGGGUUUGAACGCUCAAAAAUAUUUUGAAUCACGAUUAACUAGAAAACUACGUAGAAAUCGAAAAAAAGGGCCGAAGUCAAAACUGUAGAGCACAAAAUUCUCCAUAAAAUAGUUCCCAAGCACUUUUUCAUAACCUCAAAAUUUUCAACGUAAUAUGCGUUCAAGUACAAAACAUUUUGUAUCGUGAAUAAUUCGAAACCCAUGAGGAUUUCGAAAAUACUGCCCGGACAAAAAAUUUAAAGCCCAACAUUCUGUAUAAAAAAGAUUUAAAUUUUUUGCUAACCUCAAAAUUUCCAUAAUAAAAUGGGUUUGAACGCUCAAAAAUAUUUUGAAUCACGAUUAACUCGAAAACUACGUAGAAAUCGAAAAAAAGUGCCGAAGUCAAAACUGUAGAGCACAAAAUUCUCCAUAAAAUAGUUCCCAAGCACUUUUUCACAACCUCAAAAUUUUCAACGUAAUAUGCGUUCAAGUACAAAACAUUUUGUAUCGUGAAUAAUUCGAAACCCAUGAGGAUUUCGAAAAUACUGCCCGGACAAAAAAUUUAAAGCCCAACAUUCUGUAUAAAAAAGAUUUUAAUUUUUCCCUAACCUCAAAAUUUCCAUUAUAAAAUGAGUUUGAACGCUCAAAAAUAUUUUGAAUCACGAUUAACUAGAAAACUACGUAGAAAUCGAGAAAAAGUGCCGAAGUCAAAACUGUAGAGCACAAAAUUCUCCAUAAAAUAGUUCCCAAGCACUUUUUCAUAACCUCAAAAUUUUCAACGUAAUAUGCGUUCAAGUACAAAACAUUUUGUAUCGUGAAUAAUUCGAAACCCAUGAGGAUUUCGAAAAUACUGCCCGGACAAAAAAUUUAAAGCCCAACAUUCUGUAUAAAAAAGAUUUAAAUUUUUUGCUAACCUCAAAAUUUCCAUAAUAAAAUGGGUUUGAACGCUCAAAAAUAUUUUGAAUCACGAUUAACUCGAAAACUACGUAGAAAUCGAAAAAAAGUGCCGAAGUCAAAACUGUAGAGCACAAAAUUCUCCAUAAAAUAGUUCCCAAGCACUUUUUCACAACCUCAAAAUUUUCAACGUAAUAUGCGUUCAAGUACAAAACAUUUUGUAUCGUGAAUAAUUCGAAACCCAUGAGGAUUUCGAAAAUACUGCCCGGACAAAAAAUUUAAAGCCCAACAUUCUGUAUAAAAAAGAUUUUAAUUUUUCCCUAACCUCAAAAUUUCCAUUAUAAAAUGAGUUUGAACGCUCAAAAAUAUUUUGAAUCACGAUUAACUAGAAAACUACGUAGAAAUCGAGAAAAAGUGCCGAAGUCAAAACUGUAGAGCACAAAAUUCUCCAUAAAAUAGUUCCCAAGCACUUUUUCAUAACCUCAAAAUUUUCAACGUAAUAUGCGUUCAAGUACAAACCAUUUUCUAUCGUGUAUAAUUCGAAAUCCAUGAGGAUUUUGAAAAUACUUCCGGGACAAAAAAUUCAAAGUCCAGCAUUCUGCAUAAAAAAGAUUUUAAUUUUUUCCUAACCUCAAAAUUUCCGUUAUAAAAUGGCUUUGAACGCUCAAAAAUAUUUAGAAUCGUGAAUAGAUCGAAAACCACUUAGAAAUCGAAAAAAAGUGCCGGAGCCAAUACUGUAGAGCACAAAAUACUCCAUAAAUUGGUUCCCAGGCUGAGAUUCAAAGUUUCAAAAUGAGUAUCCACAUUUUUGUGAAAGAGAAACUAUUAAAAAAAGUCUGUGAAUAUUGAAAUAAUAAUCAACCGAGAACAAAGUGUCCCAAUUCGAAAAUUAUUAUAGCUCACCCGAGUAGGAAAAAUAGAGAUCUCAACCAUCAUGAUGCAUUUUGAUUUUUUGGAAACGAAGUAACUUUCCAAAAAUUAGAGCAGUCUCCAUGUGCGCUUGGAAUGGAAUUCGCACCGGUGGGAAUUUGUGAGUGGAUGCUCCGGCUUUCGGCGUUGAGGGAGAUUUAGGCCCCUUUCACACCAAACGAAUCCGAAUCAAUCCGGAUCACUUCGAAUCAAGUUGAAUCUGAUUCGUCAUCUCCACUCUUUCACACCAGCUGAAUCUACAAAAAUCCUUUCAUCUUCUUUUUGUUUUCCUUCUUUUAGUUGCUUUUGAGCUAUCAUCAUGGACGCAGUUGUUUUAAAUGCAAUAGUGUUUCGUAGGAGGCAACGGCGGAAACGGAAAACCAGACGAGGAAUCUGACAAGUUGAAUCAAGUGCGACCUCGAAUCAAACCUGAUUGAACUAGAUUCGUCCGGUCUGAAGGCGGGAAAAGAGUCCCUCACAUUUAAACGGAGCGCUCGAAGCCGAAUCUUGGUCAAUCAGAUUCAACUUGAUUCGGAGUGAUUCUAAUUGAUUCGGAUUCGUUUGGUGUGAAAGGGCCCUUACUCAGAAAUAUUGGCUUCAACGAAAAAAUACCUUGAGACGUUUUUUUUAGAAAAUUUUUUGUGUUCUACAUUAUUGGUUUGGGCAGUUUUUUGCGAAUUCUCCUUAGUUUUCGAAUUAUUCGCGUUAAAAAAUUUUUUUGAGUCACAAGUCUCAAAAUUUCGAAAAUCCCUGCAUGGAAUUUUGUUGCUAGACUUAUUCAGUAACCGGAAACGUCUGAUCAUCUAGAAAAGCACCCAAUUUAAUUACGGGUUCAAUCCCAUAUACUAUUUAAUUUAGAUUAUAAUUUAAAAAAAUUUAUUACUUUUAUAUUGGUUUAAUUUAGACAGUUAUGGAGCUGAAUCUAUAUGUACUUAAUUAAAUAGUAAAUUUGUUUGAUAUUAUUUUUAAGUUACAAAUUUAGUGCAUAUACAAAUUUUUUUUUGUUUCUUAUAUAAUUUAUUGUUAGAUAUUUUUUGAUAAUUCAUAAAUUUCUAUUUUUUCCUCAGCCCUUAAUCCGUCCAAUACACAAUGAAAUAUUUAGUACAUCUGUUCUUUUGUUGUAUCAUGACAAAAAACUGUCACUGCACAAUUUAUAAAUGUUAGUAAAUACUCACCAAUUAUUGAUUCAAAAUCUAACAAGGCAUAAAACAUUUGAAACACCUUGUAUAAAGAUAUAAUACAAGAAUUUUUGAAAAUUGUAUAAUUCGCUAUAUAUAUUCGACUGUAUAAAGCGACUGUAAUUUAAUAAUGCUACCAGAUCCAUCUGGGGCUCUGAACUUUAAUUUAAAAAUUGAUUCAACGUUGUAUCAUCCGUGUGAAUGUAGAAUCCGUCUAGAAUAUUGGUAGUUUGUGACAUACCUACUAGAGUGCUUUCCCCAAUCUAAUAAUCGUGUCAAACCGAUCAAAAUCUGAUUGUUCGGAAAGUAAUCAGAAUCGUUUUUAAUUGAGCGAAAUAAUCGAAUCGUAAUCACAUUCUAGUAUAUGGUAAAUACGAUCAGCUGAUGAGUUUAGUUAGUUUCGUUCACGAUAGCGACGUUCGUUGAUAAAAUUUUAAGCUACGAUCUGUAAUCAGCUGAUACGUGAUCUAUCUGACGCAGGAUCAUAGUGCCUAUAGCUCCAUUCAAUUCGUUAGAACAGUCUAAAAUCUGUUCGGACGAGUGGAAAAUAUAAAAUAAUCAGAACUAACCUAUAAAUGCUUUUAAAUUCUUUAAACUUCGUAAAACAUUAAAAUGGACGCGCACACUUUGAAAAAGUUACUUAUUUUAUACUUGCAACAAGAAUAAAGACUCUUUUUUAAAUAUUUUCAAAUGAGGAAUGUAAUAAUUUAGUUUGCAUGUUUGUUGCAAUUAAUAAACACUUUUUACAAUAUUAUUUACAAGAUUAUUUUAAAUUCCAUUUAAGAAUGUGAUCUAGAUCUGUGAAUCAGUUGGUAAAAUGUAGAAAAUGAACUAUUUUGAGGUUAGGUUAACACAUAUAUGAAAUUGUGGCACAUUUAUUAAUAUAAGAAAGAGAAUAAAAUUUUGGAAUACAAUUGUACCUAAUUAGAAUACAAAUUGAGAUUAAAAUAGAAUAAUAGUGAUUAAAUUUAUGGUGAGUUACAAUUUGUUUUGGUAAGUUUUUGUAUUAGAUAAGAAUUAAACCAUAGUUAAUUCAUUUAGGAAGUAAAGGGUGUGUUUAUUAUAUAAUUUGCUCACUAUUUUUAAAUUUUACACAUACUAUUAGCUACCAAAGUUGUAACGUGCUUUGCCUUGUAUUCAAUUCGUCCAUAAUUAUUAAUAUAAGUAAAAUAUGUACUUAAAUUUUAUAGUUUUAUCGUACUUUUAUAUAAUAAACCUUAUAUCAAGUUA